AAAGAAUUUGGCGCUGGUUUCAGUGUUGUUGUUUCCCUCUGAAGCUGGAAGAAGGAAUUUCGUCUGACGGCUGACGACCCAACGCCCUCAAGUUUGAAAUCCAGUUCAAUAUGAGCAGUACUACAGAGGAUAUUCAAAUAUAUAACACCAGCCCAGAGGACUACAGUUUGUCUGACCAUGGUUUUACCCCCAAGAGGAAGAAGUCUCCGCCUGCAUGGGAAUCGCUACCAGUUGACGUUCAGGAAGAAAUAGGAUGCAUGUACGAAUUUUUACCUGAAAUUGAAGAACACUUUGUUGUCCUAAAUAAAAUAGGAGAAGGAACAUUCAGUUCAGUUUUUCUGGCCAAACUGAAACACUACAGUGAGGUGAAACAGUUGUUUGCUCUGAAGCACAUUAUUCCCACAAGUCAUCCUAGUCGGAUUGAGGGCGAGCUCAAAUGUCUACAAGAAAUUGGCGGCUGUGAUAAUGUGAUGGGUGUAGAGCUUUGUAUAAGAAACAAGGACCAUGUCGUCAUUGUUAUGCCUUAUUUUCCACAUGAGAAGUUCCAGGACUAUGUCCAGACACUGAGUGUGCCUGAAGUGAGGGACUACAUGAGGAACCUAUUAUUAGCCUUGCGCCGAGUUCACCAGUUUGAUAUCAUCCAUAGGGACGUGAAACCAAGCAACUUCUUGUAUAACCAGAAAACAAAACAAUAUGCACUCGUAGAUUUUGGACUGGCUCACAAAGCUCCGAUAUCACAAGCAGCUUUAGCAGAGAGCCAUAGCAAAUUAUCACAAUCUACAUCUGUUAGUAGUAAUUCUUUAUCUCCAUCUAAACGAAAAGUUCUCACUCCGACUCAAGAAAUCAACAUACAGAACAUCCAAAUAGAUACCAAGAGAAUAGGACAGACACCUUCACCGGGAUUUACUAAGCUAGAACAUUCGCAGACAAUUAAAUGUCGACAGUUUACACCUCCUACCCCUGACAUUGCCAACAAAGUCUUCACAAAGCGUGUGAAAUCUCCACGCAGAAUGCUGCUAGCAAAACGUGCCUUAAUGAAGGAUAGGGAGGCAACUUUGACAAGGACUGGUUCAUCACAAGGUCAUUCAUCUGGGCUGUCAACCUGUCAGUGCUAUGGACAGCCUAUUGUGUGUACUAUGUGUACAGCAAGGAGUAACCAGCAAGCUCCGAGGGCUGGUACACCAGGUUUCAGGUCGCCAGAGGUUUUAAUGAAGUGUCCAGACCAGUCUACAGCGGUGGAUAUAUGGUCAGCAGGGGUGAUAUUCCUGUCCCUCCUCAGUGGACGGUAUCCUUUCUUUAGAGCCAACGAUGACCUCACCGCCCUUGCCCAGAUCAUCAGUAUCAUGGGCAGUGAAGAGGUUAUAGCCUCCGCCACAACAUAUGGCAAAAAUUUAGUUUGUAAUCCACCAACACAAGCUUUGAAUAUGAAGAACUUAUGUAAUAGACUAAGAACUGGUCCAAGUUGCAGACAGAACCGUUCCAGCAGCAAACACAACCAACAGGAAGAGAUCAGAGUGUUACAAUCGUGGGCUAGUGUUCCGGACUCAGCAUUUGAUCUUCUUCACAAACUACUUGACUUAAAUCCGUCCACUAGAAUAACAGCAGAAGAAGCCCUGAAGCAUUCAUUCUUUUCUGUGUCCUGAUGUCAUUUUCUCUAUCAGUGUUUAAUUAUUCCUUCAGCAAGGCAGCUUUAAAGUUUCUACAUUAACACACUGAUGAUAGGUGAUUUUCGGUUCACAUAUCAUCCAAGAACUGUUGAACUUAUACCACAUUAGUGCAUCUGUCAUCUCAUCAACUUAAAAAAAAGGUUACGAUAUCCUGAACAGCUGAGUGGAUUCAAAUGUGAUCCGACACAUAAAUGGGUGAAGUAAACUUAAUGCUGUAAAAACAUAGGGCUUAGAGGGCCGAGGGGCAGCACCCAAUAAAGGAUAUAUCAAUGAUAGAUUAAAGUAUUUUCAACUAAAUUUGCCAUAAAUGCAAUAAUUUGGAAACUUUUCCUACCCUUUUUAUUAAAUUGAUUUGAUCCCGAGCAUGCUUCAUGAUAUAUUUUUUGACUAGAUUAAAAUCAAUUUUUUUUUUUCCAGAUUUAUUACAGUAAAGUUGGUUUUGAUCGGUUUAAUGUUAUUUAAAUGCUUGGCUUAGUAAACUUUCAUACAAUUUAGCUGUAUAAUAUCAUGAUGAAUAUACUCCAAAGGAUCGGCUCUAAAAGUUUUUGAACAUUUUACCAAUGCUGCCACUGGUAAACAAUCACUGUUUUCACCCUUGUUACAUACCUGUUUUGUGCAACUUUGUCAACAAUUGUUGUAUUCAUUCUUGUUUUUAUUUAUUUAUUCAUUUGUUCGCAUUACAUCAAUGGUGAUAGUGGUUGAAAACUUAGAAUUACUGAACUUAAAUACUACAUAGACUACUAUAGUGAAUAAGGUAGGAUUGU